ACCCCAAUUCCUGUACCCGAUAAAAAAAAAAAAAAAAAAAAAAAAUCACAGACAACCCGUAGAAUAAACGAGUCAAAAAUGCAACUAAAAAGGCCCGGUCUAGUCAGCCUCGCUAUACACAAGUCACGCACAGUCAGCAAAAAAAAGGAGAAAAUAGGGAAAAAAGAUAUAUAUAAAAAGUAUAUAAAGAGUAAAAAAAGGAGAGUCAAAUUACAUCCUGUUUCAUCAUUCCAGCCCCUUCCUAGUGAGUUGCUGGAGAGCGAGUGAGUUUUGUGUGUGAGGAAUUUCAUCAUUUUGUGCUUACUUUGAUUUAUUACUGUAGUCUUUUUCCGUGUUGAAAAGGACUAUUAGCAAUUCGUCUUUUUGUUCGUGUUUAAUAUACCUGUUGAGAAAUGUCAGAUAUCUUUUGUGUGUGUGUUUUGUUUUCAGAUUUUUAAGACCUUUGAUGAAAAGAAGUUGGAGAUAUGUUUAAAAAACUGCUUUGUUUAUUUUUAAUCAUUAUGUUGUGGAUGUCUGGCAUCGAUGUGAAAACGGUGCUUAUAGGAGCCACCUCAUCAGUAUUUGUGGUGUAUGUUGUUACACCAUUGGUCUGGCACUAUUCUAUUUCUUUACAACGGCAGCUCAUCUUUCUUAAUUAUUUGAAGCUACCGUUUUUUGUUGAUCUUGAACAGCCAGAAAAGAAAGGGUUGCCUGGAACAAGGACCUUUUUCUUGGAAACAGACAAGAACGUAAAAGUAGGGGUAUGGCAUAUUUUACCACAGUCUUUAGUCUCCUCUGCUCCCAAGAAGGGAACCCCAGACUUCACACAGUGGUUUGAAAAAAGUCUGGGUGAUAGCAGACCUGUUAUCCUGUAUCUCCAUGGCAAUGCUGGGACCCGGGCUAUACCUCAUCGUGUGGAACUCUAUGAUAUACUAAGAAAGAUGGAUUACCAUAUUAUUGCAUUUGAUUACAGAGGGUAUGCUGACUCCAGCUUAGUUCACGUCAGUGAGAAUGGGGUUGUUCAAGAUGCAAAGGCUGUAUAUAGGUACCUGAAGGAGAAAGUAGGGUCCUCACCUCUCUUUCUCUGGGGACACUCCCUAGGGACAGGGAUCUCAACACAUGCUCUAAGGGACCUGUGCUUAGAUGGGGAACAACCAUCGGGUCUUGUGCUUGAGUCACCUUUCAAUAAUAUGAAAGAGGAAGUCAAGCUUUGUUUCCUGACAGCAAUAUUCCGCAGAAUGCCAAAGUUUGAAUGGCUUUUCUUGAGUCGUUUAGCUGAAGUUGGUGCAGCAUUCCGGACAGAUGAACACAUUGCAUAUGUGAAUGCACCAAUAUUGAUACUACAUGCUUUAAAUGAUUGCAUGGUACCUUUCGAACUGGGUCAGAAGCUGUUUGAGACUGCCAAAAGGGUGCGACCACAGACUCUUCCACCUGUCAAGUUUGUAGAAUUUGAUGCCAAGUAUGGUCAUGACUACAUUUGUCGAGCCCCUGACCUGCCACAGAUGAUUAGAGACUUCUUUAGAGAUGCAGAAAAAGGGAAAAUGUAGUGCUAAUAAAUGGCUGUUAGUUGUACUACUCUCUCAAGGUUGUAUCCAGGCUGGUAAGAUAAUAACUACCAAAGAUAUACAUUUUAUGCAUUACAAAAUGCAUUUAAAAUCAGAUGAAUAUCUAUGUAUUAGAAUUGGUGCAUGCGUGCGUGCGUGCAUGUGUGUGUGUGUGAUAUGAUAUAUUUUAUAUAUAAAUAAAAGAUAUAUACUAUAUAUAGUACCUAAGAUGUGUAGUAUAUAUAUGAUAUAUAUAAUAUAUAUGAUAUAUAUGUGUGAUACCCUUGCCAGAAUUUUUUUUUUAAAACACAUUUGACUUGGGAUGAGACAUUCCAAUAGAUUCUUGUAGCUUACACUGUGUGAAUAUAAGCAGUGUACAUUGUUACAUCAUGAUCUCAUUCCAGAACAUUUAUAUGUUAUAAUGGCAUAAUUAUGCAACUUUUGAAAUAUAUUUUUGGCUCUGAAGUCAUUUGAUAUCUGUGCUGUAUGAAAAGUCUUUUUUUUCUGUUCAUAAUGGAAUCUUGCCAUGUCAUUACAUUAUGUGUAUCAAAAUUCAUGUAACAGUAGGAUUUAUUUUUUUCUUUUUAUUCCAAACUCCUUCACAGUUCUGAUAGUAUCUAAGCAUACUGCACUAGCUUCAAUCAAAAAAUAUAUUAUUCUGUUUGUAUAUAUUAAAUCUGUUAUAAAAAAAAAUGUAUGGGCUGAAAUAGGAAGAAACUGCAGAGAUAGAGGGUCUAGGAUUGAGGAAGAGGGGAUGAGAGGUGGUCAGCUGUGUGUUGAUUCCUCGUGGGAACAAUCUGCAUGUUAAUAUUACUUGUUUCCUUUAGGUGUUUUCCUCUUGUGUUCUUUGACUGAUUAAAUGUGCUACUCACCAAAAUUCAUAUAGCAGUUGCGGAUAGUGUGGCAUUAAAAAGGGCAAAGAGUAGUGAGGUUAGACAGGGUGAGUAUAAAUGGGCUAAGGUAGGGAUUAACAAGGGUGAUUAGAUCAAAGUGUUCAAAGUGUUGGAUUUUGCAAGGUAAGGUAGGGAUUAGCAAAAGGAGAAAAGGGGGUUGAAGGACAAUUAGCUCAAAGUACAGUUCCAGGAGAAAUGUCACAAGGGAGAAAAUCCAGGGAAGGGGGUUGUGACAAAACAGAGUUACAUGUGUAUCCAGGAGCAAGCUGAAGGUAUAACCAGGAAGGAAGAGCGGAUGAUGUCGAUGAAGCAGGGUGAAUGGGAUAUGUUGGGAGGGAGUGGGAGGAAGAAGAGUCAAGGAGUCUUCACACUGCACAUAAGGACAUGUAUAAGCCAAGCCUACAAGAUACAACUUUAGAGAAUCACCACUCAAGUGUAAUGCCUAGGUCUUGGCAACUACAUUCAGUGGGUUAAACUAGAAGAGCCAUAAUGCACACAGUUAAGGAUGAAAUGUUGGGUUAGGAUAAUUUUAGACGAUAUAGGAUUAUUAUUUUUUAUUUUAUUUUUACCACAAAUGUUGCUCACUCCCUUGAUAAUGUAUUUUUAUUUUUUUAUUUUAUUUUUACCACAAAUGUUGCUCACUCCCUUGAUAAUAUAUUUUUAUUUUUGUGUUUGUUAUGGAUUGCAUCAAAAUGGGAUUGUCAAGUUAUGAUGUUUAUUCCUCUCUAUUUAGAAUUACAUGCAGAUACAUCAUUAUUUUGAAGUGAUUUCUUAACCAAAUUUUUGCAUAUUCAUGAAACCACCUUCAAGUUGGACCAAGUUUAUUUUAUUUUUACCACAAAUGUUGCUCACUCCCUUGAUAAUAUAUUUUUAUUUUUGUGUUUGUUAUGGAUUGCAUCAAAAUGGGAUUGUCAAGUUAUGAUGUUUAUUCCUCUCUAUUUAGAAUUACAUGCAGAUACAUCAUUAUUUUGAAGUGAUUUCUUAACCAAAUUUUUGCAUAUUCAUGAAACCACCUUCAAGUUGGACCAAGUCAUCAUUCUAAAUGUAAAUUUUUGAGUUAUCACCACUUAAAAGUGCAAAACUUUAAAUACAACUUAUGUGAAAGCAAGUUCUGAUGCUUGUGCUGGUUUCUUUGGGACCUCAUAUGCAUGUUUGGUUUCUAUCCAUAUAGAUAUGCCCAAAAAAAGUAUGUACUCUAUAGCAAGGUCAAGUCAACAAACAAUUUUCAAGUAAGUCACAAAGAUAUGCAAAGUGCUGUUUCUUAUAUACUAAGAUAUGUAUUCUGAAAUGUGUUUGAGUCAUGGAAAGGCUUUAUAUGCAUAAUAGUACAGUAGUAAAUAAUUUACUAUAUGCAUAAUAGUACAUUAUGGUACUGUAAGUUCACUAAUUUAUGUAUUGUAAAGGUCAUAAUACUCACAAGGGUUAUUUUUCUUAUUGUUGUACUAUGUAUUUUUUUCCAAGAUCAUUUACUUUUAACUUAUAUAUGUAUCAUGAUUGAGAUUGUAAAUAGAUAGUACUGAUAAUAAUUUUAAUAAUGAUAAAAAUAAUAGCAAUAGUAAUGGUAUAAGUAAUAUAAUAUAAUAAUUUAAUAGGUAAUGUACAAAAAUUAAGGAUAGUGAGAACAAAUAGGUGAAAGUUGUUAUUAAUAUAUUGAGCAUUUGUAUGAACUACAUUUUUUUUUUUUUUAAUGAAAAAAGCCGCAAGAAAUGUUCUGCCUGUUUGUAUUAAUUUGCAAUACAAGACCUUUAAUUAUUGAAUAUUUCCAAUUGUCAAAUUGUUAAUGGUUGAAUGCAAAAUACCAUCUUUCUUAAAAAUGUUUAUGGUUGCUUUAAGAUUAAGAAUAACUUUUCAUAAAUGUGAUAUGCUGCAUUCCAGUUUUAAUAGAUAAAGAUUAUUAGAUACUA